AUGGAGGUUUGUUUUGAUUUCGGUGCUAGUUCAAAUCGUAUUCGUUUUUAAUAUCGCAAGUCGCAAGAAAAAUCUGCUCACAUCUAUCAAUGGCCCAUACAUUUGCUGACGCAAACCAUGAAACAAAUACCAUUGGUUUGAACCAAGGCGGCCCACAUGGAUUGGGAGACCCCAACGAUAAGCGCCUUCGGAAGGUCGAAGUCGAAGUCCUUAUUCCGAAGAUUAUGCGUGAGCGAGCUAAAACGGAAAAGUGCCUAGAGGAAGUGCAGUAUUUCGAAACGUGUUGCAAAGAUGCUGGCAUUUUAAUGCCGAUGAAAUGCCAAACAGAAAACAAAGCACUUAAGGCCUGCUACCUCAAAUGGUACAACGACGAGCACUUCAAGGCUGAGUGUCGGGAGAUUUACCUGGAAGAACGAGCAGAGUACAGACGAACCGGCUUAUCUAAGAAAUAUCGGAACAUGAACUUGUAACGUACUGCCCCGUAUCAUCAAAAGAUUAUAAAAUAAUAUAUUUGGUACAGUUGAAUAGAAUAUAGUUUCUAAUUUACUCACAAUUCUCUACUGAUUGCUGCGAAGAUUAGCACAGUUAUAGUGCCGCGGGAAUAUUUCACUAAC